CUCUCUAAUAACUUUGUUAUUAGCUCGCUUCUGCUGUUGCAAAUCGUACAUCACAUGACCAAAUAAUCCUCUAAAUAAAUAGCUUUAUUUAAAAUAAAGUGCGUUAAUUGUUAUUAAAUUGUUUAAGAUGUCUAAUUUAAAGUGGGCCGGUGUAAUAUUCGACAAUAAUACUAAAGCAGUUGUUCCAGUAAAAAAUAUCAAAAAGUUCGAUUUCAAGACUCAUAGCCCACAAAAAUGUUAUAAAAUUAUAUAUCAAAACAAGAGUUAUUUAGGUUUUAUCAAGUUUUUGACGGAAAGUAAAGAUGACGCAAGUGAGAAAAUGAAACGAACAAGAAUCUCCAUGCCUCCUAAAAGCAAAAUUUUAAGUGCAUCGGAGAGUGAUCCAGAGAAAGUGGAAAAACAAAGUAAAGAAUUUCAUAAUAAUUCAACACUCAAAGUUUCUCUCGAUAAAAGAACGGAAUUAUUGAAAACUGCUUCCAAUCAACGAACACAAGAUAAAAGUUUUAGUAACGAAAACUUACCUCCGGCGAAACGACAAAAAUUGCAAAAAGACAGUACAUUAACCAACCCAAAAAAGUCACAGCCAAAAAAUUCCAUUCCAUCGGAAGAUGAAGAUCCACCCCAAAGCGAGGAGGAAAACUCCAUCGAACAAGGAAAGUCUGCAUUACCCGAAGUUUUAUUGAAUUCAUCAUAUAAUAAAUCAGAGAAGCCGAAAGUUCGCUCAGAUGAGCUGUUAAACGAUCCCAUUUCUUUUGGUAAUUCCACUAAGAACUCUGUUCAAAAAAAAGAGGAGAUCAAUUCACCGCACCAGGAAAAAAUUGAAACUCUCUCUGAAGCCUUGAAUAAGAUCCGUGUCCUUCGUCAAAUUAAUAAUGAUUACCAAACCAAAUUGAGAGUAAAAGAUAAUAUGAUCCUUAUCAAAAAUAAAGAAUUGCAAGAUUUAAAAGUAAAAUACGAGGAAACGAUUGAACGAAACAUUAAAUUACAAGUAGAAGUAAUUGGAGGGCAAAAAUUAAUCCUAGAGGGCUUAAAAAACAUCAAAGCAUCUGGAAUCGAUAACGAAUCAGAAGUUAAAAUUGGUUUCAUCGACGAAAACAAUGGAAAAGCUUACUUGGGAAAUGGUCAUUGGAUUACUACCAAUUUUUACCAUACACUAAUGGCAAUUCCUAGAGUUCGAGUAUUGGUCGAAAACCUCGCACGACAUAUAUUUGGGGACGAGGUACUAUUAAAAAGUACCGUCAGCGGCAAAACCUCAAAUAGGUCCAAAAAUAAAUCAGACGAAGUUUGUCAACUGGAUCCAGAAUUAUUAUCAAGAACCAGAGGUUUCUUCGAACAUUAUCUCCGAAAUUCCGUGUUCGCUCAUGGCAUGCCUGAAAGUAUGAUUUUCAAGCACCUCGGUUCCUUGGAAAGAUAUAUUUCAAAAUUCAUCGCAAAAUUGAAAGGCAAAACUUUUCAAAACGAAGAUAACAAAGUAGAAAAGCAACCUAGCCCACUACCAGAAAAAAGUAGUGAUGCUGAGCAAGUAAAGGAAGUUGAUGUUCGCUGUGACAAUGAUGCAAAGGAAGAUAUAUCCGACGAUUUGUCCGACCAUUACGAUUCGGAGGACUCAACACCAUUAAUUAUUAAUGAAGAUGAGUAA